AUGGCGGUGCGGUGGGCGCUGGAGGAGCGCCGGGCGGUGGCGGGCGUGGACGCGGCGUCGGGACCGCCGCCCGUGGCCGUCGUGGGCAGCGGCUUCGGCGGCUACGCCGCACUGCAGGCGCUGCUCGAGCACCCGGACCUGUUCGCCUGCGGCGUGGCCAUCGGGCCGACGCAGAGCCUCGCGGAGUGGCCGCGCAGCUACGCCCCAGACGCGGCGGCUCGGCUCGGCGGGGUACGGGCGCCGGCGGAGAGGUGGGAGGAGCUCAGGGACGCCCCGCUCCUGCUCGUCGAGUACGAGCGGGACGCCGAUGGGGCUCUGUUCGAGCGCAUGGCGCCGCAGGGAUCCGAUCCCCGCGAGUGGCCGAGCGCCCUGCAAUACGUGCAGUACGUCGGGGACCGCCUCGGCGGAGGGGGCUCCAGGCAGAGCGCACUGGACCAGUACCGCCGCAUCGACGCCUUCCUCUUCAAGCACCUCAGCGCCAUCGCCGGCAGAGAGGCGCUGCUCCGCGAGCCCUUCACUUACGAGGUGCCCUUCCUGGCGGGCUGCUUGUUCCCCCAGAAGGCCAAGGGGGCCCUCAGCACGCACGGGCGCGUGACGGAGGGGGUCAUCGAGGAGCUCUUCAAGCAAAGGUUCCCGGAUGACCCCGACCUGCCAAGCCUGCUGAAGGAAACGCCACAGAAGACCGCGGGCGACGGCUUCGGCGACCGGCGGUCCGCGGGCGUCCCGAGGACGAAGCGGCGGCGCCCCGGCAGGCGCAGCGCCCUGGUGGCCCCCGCGAGCCGCAUGUCGGUGGGGGAGGACGGGCUCAUCCAGAUCACCCUGUCGUUUCCGGAGCCGCCGGAGGACCUGCACGUGAUCCUCACGAAGGUGUACCUGCACGUGCGGGCACAGGGCCUCGGCUUCACGCUGCUCCUGCCCCGCAAGCCGGUGCCCGGGAAGGAGAUGCGGUCCUACAAGCUGCCCGACUCCAGCAGCUGGCAGAUCGAGGUCCAGGGGGACCCCAGGGUCGGGGCGAUCGAGAACUUCAACGUGUGGGCGGCCUCGGGGCGCGACGAUGCCGUGCUCCGUUCGCUGCGGCCUUCAGACGUAAGCGAGGCGCCGCUGGCGCCGCUGGAGGCCGAGGCUGCCGCCGUCGGGCCGGCGCCCUCGCGCGCCAACCGCGGGCACGGGGGCGCUGGCGGGGUGCUCGACGCGUCGUCGGCGCCCUCGCCCGACCCGCGAGUGCUCCCAACUUGGGUGCGAUUUAAUUUCUCCGUCGCUCAGUGCACGGAGUUCUCGCGCGUCUUCGGGUGGCGCUCCGAGGCCCCUCGGCAGGCAGAGAUGGCUGUGCACCGCGUGGCCGGCCUCGGCGAGAGCGCCGGGAGCCAGCUGGACGUGCAGAGGCUGAGAGACCACCAUGGCAGCACGCCCCCAGGUGGCGCCAUGCCGCAUAGACAGCACGGCUACGGACAGCGCCAAGGUCGGGGAGGCCAUCACCAGCAGGCGCAGGCUCCGAGGUCCUCGUGCAAGCGAUGCGGACAUUGGGAGUUCGACCACAAGCUCCCAGGCCUGGAGUGGCGCUGCAGCUGCGGAGCCAUGCGCCGCAAGAAGGGCAAGGACAAGAAAGGCAAGGGCACGGACAAGGGCGAUGAGCUGGCCAAGUCAUUGGCAGACGUCGCAGCUCGGAUCCAGGCCCGCGCGUUCCCGCCAGAGGCCACGGCGAGCUUUGCAGCGGCAGUCUCCUCGGUGUCACAGGCAGUGCAGCCCCAGGCACCGCAGAAUAGCCCAGCCUCGCUGCUCGCCGAUGCCGCCUGGCGCCGCGAGGAGGCCAACAUGGCCUACGACGAGCCCCUCAGUGCCCGAGAGGAGGCCCACGAGAGACCCAAGAAGGCAGACCAGACUCUAGGGCAGCGGGCGGCGAUGACCGUGACCGCCCGCGCGUUUCUCUGCAGGCGCUGGUGUCCGCCUGUGGGCGCCGGGCAGUGCCUGCUGUCGUUCCACCAGCGCGCCGCCGCGGCCCGCCGGCGGGUGGAGUUCGCCGCCACGGUGCGCGUGCGCGAGUACUCGCGCGAGCUCGACGGGCCCCGCGGCUGCGCCGUGCCCGCGGACGGCUCGCUGGUGAGCCUGCGCCUCGGGCGGCUCAAGGGCCGGCGGGAGGCGCCCCUCGCCGCCCCGCGGGGCGCGCUGCUGCCCAUCGAGGACGUCGCCUACGUGCCGAGCCGGGAUCGGGUCCGGCUGCUCCGCCGCUCCAUGGGCGACCACCGUUUCCACGUCGCUUGGGCGAGGGGGCGCUGGGAGAUGGCACGCGACCGGCGCCUGCGGGACGAGCGCCGGGCGGACGCGGGGGAGCGCACGCUGAUGCCGAGGCCCGAGGACGCGCACGAGCGGGCGAUCCCUGCGCGGCCCGGUGCGCCCAGCGCCUCGUGGAUGCAUGCUGUUCAUGGGCCCCAGCGGUUCGAUGCCUCGCUGCCGGCGUUCCCGCGCGCCGGGCGCCAACUUUUUGCCGGCAGCCGAAGCCUGUCGGGCCCACCUUGAGCCCGGGAUUGGCGGGCGCACUGGUGCUCAGUGCGCACGAGGCAUAAGGAAAGCGGACAGCCAGUGC